AUGCAGAGUAGCUUCAAAAUUUGUAGAUGCGCAGAAGAUCAAAAAGUGACCUAUGCUSCUACAACCUUUGUGGACUAUGCAUUGCAUUGGUGGGAGUCUGAGUGUGCAAUCAAAGGUGAUGAGGAUAUUGCUGCCAUGACUUGGGAGCAAAUGAAAAAGAUGAUGAUGGAUAAGUGCUGCACACAAUCGGAGGUGAACAAGCUAGAAUCGGAAUUUUUUAGAUUAAAGCAAGGUUCGUUGUCGGUUCAAGAAUAUGUUAACGAUUUUCUUGAGAAAGCGAGGUUCGCCAGUUACCAGGUGGCUACCGAGGAGAGAAAGAUAUGUCGCUUCAAAGAUGGCUUAAGAAUCGAAAUCAAACGGUAUGUGGACAUGACUAAACCGACCAUAUUUGUACAAGCAGUGGAGAUGGCGAAGGUGGCAGAGGAGAACAACGCUAGGGAGAAUUGUGAUAGAAGAGAUGCAAAGAGUAGAUGGGAAGGAUCGAACAAGUUCAACAAGAAACCAAAAUGGACUCCGACUAUGGCAAAAACACGAAGUGAGGGAUUCACUAUUCCUCCAUGUAACAAAUGCAACAAGAGACAUAGGGGAGAAUGUAGAGCGAGGAGCAUGACAUGCUACAAAUGUGACAAACCUGGGCAUACCACGCAAGAGUGCCCAGAAGGAAAAACUUGUUAUGAAUGUGGGGCUACGAGACAUUUACGACCUGAUUGUCCAAAACAUCGAAAUGGUGCGACACCCCAUGUAAAGACAGUGAAUAACGGAUUUGGGAAGAGAUCAGAAAAUAGGAAAGAGCUACCUAAGGGACACGACCGAACUUACAACAUGACUUUGGAGGAGGCCAAGGAAACACCCGACGUUGUAUCUGGUAUGUUCCCUAUCAACAAUGUGUAUGCACAUGUAUUAUUUGAUUCAGGUGCAAAUGGUAGUUUUGUGUCUACUACCUUCUGCCACUAUCUGAAUAGGAGUGCCUGUAGGCUAGACAAAACCUACACUGUAGAAACAGCCGACAGUAGUCAGUGUAAAGUAGACGAAGUAUUUGAUGAAUGCACAAAUGUUAUAGAUGGUAAGGAUUUCCCUGUUAGGCUUAUGCCAAUGUGCUUAGGGGGUUUUGACGUGGUCUUGGGGAUGAAUUGGCUGUCCAACAAUCAUGCGCAAAUAGUAUGCAAUAAAAAUAUGAUCAAGAUUCAAACUCCGGAAGGAGAAACAUUUCAUGUUUACGGUGAUCGAAAGAAGUGUUGCGUAUGGUUAAUCAAUGCAGUUAAGGCGAAUAGGUGUCUGCGGAAGGGAUGUGUGGCUUACUUGGCAUCCACCAUCGACGCCAAGCUCGAAAAGAAGGCAAUACAUGAUGUUCCAGUGGUGAGGGAUUACCCAGAAGUAUUUUCGGAUGAAUUACCGGGAAUACCACCAGAACGUCAGGUAGAGUUCCGAAUCGAUUUGGUACCAGGUGAGGCACCAAUCGCAAGGGCGCCUUAUCGUUUAGCCCCAACAGAAAUGCAAGAGUUGAUGAAGCAAUUACAAGAACUCUUAGAUAAAGGGUUUAUCAGGCCAAGCUCGUCGCCAUGGGGAGCACCGAUUUUAUUCGUUAAAAAGAAAGACGGCACAAUGAGGAUGUGGAUCAAUUAUCGGGAGUUGAACAAAAUCACGAUAUAG